CCCGCCGUUGCAGUUACACGUACUAGAAUACUGUACUAGCUAGAGGUGGAGAGCAUGGAGGUCUCGACCAUGGAGGAAGCCCUCCCGGAGCCGAGGAAGAAGGGUGGACUCAGAACUAUACCCUUCAUCAUCUCGAACGAGAUCUUCGAGAAGGUGGCGUCGUUCGGGCUGCACCCCAACAUGAUCCUCUACCUGACCACGCGGUACCAAAUGACGGCGGCCGACGGCGCCAUGGUGAUCUACCUCUGGGGCGCCCUGAGCAACUUCCUGCCCAUCUCCGGCGCCGUGCUCGCCGACGUUUACCUCGGCCGAUUCCGCGUCAUCGCCCUCGGAAGCAUCGUCAGCCUCUGCGGGAUGUGCGUGCUGUUGCUGACGGCGAUUCUGCCAGUGUACAAGAAGACCUCGGAGUGCGCGGCGGACCCGCGGGAAUGCACGCGGCUGCCGAGCCAGCUGCCGCUGCUGUUCACGUCGCUCAUGCUCAUGUCCGUCGGGGCGGGCGGCAUCCGGCCGUGCACGCUGGCGUUCGGGGCGGACCAGCUGGACAAGAAGGACAACAGCGUCAAGAACGUGCGCAUACUGCAGACCUUCUUCAACUGGUACUACACCGUGCUUGGGCUCUCCGUCGUCUUCUCCGCGCUCGUCAUCGUCUACAUACAGGACAACAAGGGGUGGGUCAUCGGCUACUCCAUCCCCGUCGGGCUCAUGCUCAUCGCGCUCACGCUCUUCCUCCUCGGCUCGCCCUUCUACCUCAAGGCGGACGCCGACAGGAGCGUUCUCGUUAGCAUCGUGCAGGUGCUCGUCGCCAGCUACAAGAACCGGGGCGAGAUGCUGCCGCCGGAGACCGCCGACGCGUCGGGCUUCCACAACAAGGCUGGCUCCAGGCCCAGAAUCCCCACGACCAUGCUCAGGUCCUUGAACCGGGCGUGCGUGCUGAGGAACCCGAGCAAGGAGCUCAACGCCGACGGCUCGCCGUGUGACCCGUGGAGGCUGUGCACGGUGCAGCAGGUGGAGGACGCCAAGGCCGUCAUCCGCGUGCUUCCGAUAUGGUCGACGGGGAUCAUACCCGGCGUGAUCGUCGGCCAGCAGAUGUUCCCCGUGCUGCAGGCCAGCACGAUGGAGCGGCGGAUGGGCGGCGUGACCGUCCCCGCUGGGUCCUUCGGCGUCUUCGCCAUCCUCACGCUAACCGUGUGGGUGGCCUUCUACGACCGCGUGCUCGUCCGGCCCCUCUCGCGGCUCACCGGCCAGGCGCGCGGGCUCAGCCUGCGGCAGCGCAUGGGCGCCGGGAUCGCGCUCUUCGUCGUGGCCAUGGUCGUGGCCGCGCGCACCGAGGGUCUCCGCCGCGCCGCGGCCAUCGCGGAGGGACUCCAGGACACCGGGCACGCGGUGGUGCGCAUGUCGGCGAUGCGGCUCGUCCCGCAGCACUGCCUCGCGGGCCUGGCCGAGGCGCUGAACCUGAUCGGGCAGCUCGAAUUCUAUUACUCCGAGUUCCCCAAGACCAUGUCCAGCAUCGGGGUGUCACUGCUCGCACUCGGCAUGGGCGUCGGCGCCGUGUUGGGCACCGCCAUCGUGGGGAUCCUUAACAGGGCCACGGCGAGGGACGGGCGCGACAGCUGGUUAUCCAGCAACCUCAACAGGGGCCACUACGACUACUAUUACCUGCUACUCGCGGCGCUGUCCGUGGCUAACUUGAUCUACUUCAUCUGGUGUGGCUGGGCGUACGGCGACGAGGGGCAGAACAGAGUGAUGGCGGCCGAGCUGGAGGACGACGAAGAGACCAAGCAAGAACAACAGAAGUGAUAGGCAAGGCAUUCUACGGGCAGCGUGCAUGUUGAGCUCGCGCCUUUCACGCUUUGCGAAUUACUGAUUUGUGAUAUACUCCCUCGCAAUUUCGCUGAGUAGAUUGCUACCACUCGUGUAAAGAUGAAGGAUGCAGCCAUCGAUAUCAUCGUUAUGGGCGUGUUUGGUUGCUUGCA